UCAUAAUAUUUUUCUCAGAAAAAAAAAUAUUAUACAUAUACCAAAAAUUUUCUUAGAAGUCUAAUCACCAAAACAAACCCGUCUUGUCACUAAAAUCACAUAUUUCACUUACGUUAUACGUAAUUUCUAAAGAACAAAGUGUCUAAAUCCUUUAUUAUACGCGUACAGUACGAAUUACACCAAAAACUACACCGAAUUUACGAUUUAUUCACAUUUAUUUUCUGAAAAACAAAAUCACAACGAGAUUAAUUUGCACAGCUUAACUACGAUUACGGCAAUUUGACAUUUCGUAACGCUAGAUUGUCUAUGAAAAGUAAGGAUGGGUAAAUAACAUCGAGCGUUAACUUAUCGAUAAAUGAUAAUGAAUGAUUCUUUAAUAAUUGAUAUGUUGUUAGUUUAAAGAUGGGAAAAUGAAAUAUUUUAUAAUCAUUUUAUUUUAAAAAAUAGUUUUUUAAUAAAAAUGUUAUACAAUACAUAUGCUCACGUUAUUCUAUAGCGUAAAAGAUAUCUUACGAAUAGUAGCAUUAUUCAAACACUGGUAUGGAUAACAUUAUCUCAAUACGAUUUUUAAUAAAAAUCGUCAAAUCAAGAUUUUAACAAAAACUAGCAAUGUAAAUUUAAUUUGCAAAAUGCGCGCGAUCAGCUGUUUUCCAAGAGGUCAAAUAGGCAGGUCACGACUAAUAGGUAUCUAUCUAUACAAAGUCACAAACAAACUGCGCGACGUUGUAUUGCCGACCGCCGCCGGUGCCGAGGAAAAUAAUUGCUAUCUCUCUCUAACCUAAGCCGCGUGGCGUGGUUAAUAGGUAUUUUCAAAAUAUUGAAACUAGGUCCUUUCGCUAGACGCUACGCUAUUUUUUCUUUAGUUCGUGUUCGGCGGUCUGUUGACAAACAAACCAAAAUUCAAAAACCUUUGUGUAUGUUCUAUGUUAUGUUAGUAGUGAUUUUCUGUAACGAAUACUCAUACAAUUGUGUCGUUUGUAUUGUGUGUGUUUGUGUGUGUUGACUGAGAAGUCUUGAAAUGCUUAGAUCAAAUCAAUUCAGUACUCAUGAAUAUUGUACCUACUAUGACGACAGAACGUCUCGUAAACGAGAAACAACCUGAAACAAUUGGUGCAGCUUUUUGUGCUAAGCGCAUGCAGUCUAACGGGAAAGACUUCAAUGUAGGCAUAUGGGAUACUGCAGGCAGUGAAAGGUACGAGGCAAUGACGAGAAUGUACUACAGAGGGGCACAUGCAGCUAUAAUUUGCUACGAGGCCUCGUCCCAGGCCUCGUGGACUCGUUUGAGGCAUUGGUUACAGGAACUCCGCACUGUUGAAGAGGAUUGCAAGGUGUACCUCUGCUGUACUAAGAAGGAUCUUCUAGACAGUGGUGCAGCACAGAGGGAAGUAGACGAAGAGAUAGUGGCCACUUACUCUCAGGGUCUGCGGGGACACUUCCUCACUUCUAGCAAGACGGGGGAGAAUGUUGAUGAACUCUUCCAGAAGAUAGUGGACGACUGCGUAGCAGACAUGAGAGUGAUGAAGGGAGUGGAAGAAGCGAGGGUGCAGCUACAGAAGGAAGACGCAGCGUACAGAGCGAAGCAUAAAGACUAUUGCUUCUGCUGAUACCGGCUCAUACUUCUGUGAAUACUUCUUUGUUUAAUCACAAGCCUCAGACUAAUUAGAUGAGGACCUUGCUAGUUACUUUUCUGUCAAAGUAUGUGAUCAAUGAUCUAAUGCUAUUAUACAAACUGUCUCUAUAAUGUCGAUGUUUCACAGUUGUAAUCGUGUUCGUCGGUUACAGAGCUCUGUAAAAAUACCUUUUUGUGUAGUUGAAUGGUAUAAAAAACGGGUAAAAAAACUUCUAGUUUAGUAUAAGUUAAAUACUGUAGGAAAUAGUAGUCUGGGACGGAUAUGACGUCGCUCGAUCUCGUGUUGGCUCGUGUCUACACUUCGUGGCGCGACUUGUAUCAGUAAAGAGUAGGGAGUUAGAGAGGGGCAGCGUUCAGGCGUUAACAAAUAAGGCGCUCGCCGUACGGUCGGCUGCAGUAUUCUCGUGGCGUUCGCCGUCCACAUUCUUGUUGUGUAAUUGGUUACUUGAGAUAGGCGGGUAGAGUGACAUGAGCAGUGAAUAGUGAGUGUUGGCAUAUCGGAAAGUAUCCCUUAAACCUGCACCCGGAGUCACAAGCUUCUGGCACUGCUCAAGGUCCUGACCUUUGUUUGACAUUGGUUAUAUGUAAUUCACUUCUGCCGUUUAUUGGCCGUGAUAGCCCAGUGGAUAUGACCUCUGCCUCCGAUUCCGGAGGGUGUGGGUUCGAAUCCGGUCCGGGGCAUGCACCUCCAACUUGUCAGUUGUGCGCAUUUUGAAAAAUUAAAUAUCACGUGUCUCAAACGGUGAAGGAAAACAUCGUGAGCAAACCUGCACACCAGAGAAUUUUCUUAAUUCUCUGCGUGUGUAAAGUCUGCCAAAUCGCAUUGGGCUAGCGUGGACUAUUGGCCUAACCCUGUCAUUCUGAGGGGAGACUCGAGCUCAGCAGUGAGCCGAAUGUGGGUUGAUGAUGACGACUGGUCCUUAUGUAAUUAGUCUGAGGCUUUCGAUGACGGAGUCCUGUUAUAAGGCUUUUUGUAACAGCCUGCAGGACUCUGUCCUUAUAGGCAGUGGUGUGCAUAAAGUUUUUAAAUAGGGAAGGCUUACGUAGAGCUUGCCAGCCCAGCCCAUAGCUUGGGGAGUUCAUAAUAUUUUUUAUUGACUUUAUUUUGGUGGGAGGCUUCAGCCGUAGCUAGUUACUACCCUACCUACGAUGCCGUGUAGAAAAUGGGAUUUUCAUAAUUGCUCCUCCUCUCUAACUUCUUCAACAAGUUUGCAUAAUUGCUCCUCCUCUCUAACUCCUUCAACAAGUUUGCAUAAUUGCUCCUCCUCUCUAACUCCUUCAACAAGUUUGCAUAAUUGCUCCUCCUCUCUAACUCCUUCAACAAGUUUGCAUAAUUGCUCCUCCUCUCUAACUACUUCAACAAGAUAGUAAUCAAAGGUUAACUUGUAAAUAAUAAAAAAAAAAAACUAGGUGACGCCCCGCGGUAGUUCUUAUGUUACUCACUGAAGAUAUAGAUUUCUGCAGGUGAAACAAUUUUUAAAAUCGGUAGUUUUUGUGUUAAACUGUAACAAAUAAACGAACAAAAAAUCAAAUAUUAGCUCUUUAUAUUAUAAAUAUUACUUUAGAUUUUGUUUAUAAGUAGACACAAUGAAUCCUCUUGAUUAUAGUAGUAGAUAUGAGUUUUUUUAUUCUUUACAAGUUAGCCCUUGACUACAAUCUCACCUGAUGGUAAGUGAUGAAGCAAUCUAAGAUGGCAGCGGGCUAAUUUGUUAGGAGGAGUUAGAGAGGAGGAGCAGUUAUGAAAAUCCACACCCCUUUUGGUUUCUACACGACAUCGUACCGGAACGCUGAAUCGCUUGGCGGUACGUCUUUGACGGUAGGGUGAUAACUAGCCACGGCCGAAGCCUCCCACCAGCCAAAGUAGAUGUAGAAGCGAGAGUGCAGCUACAGAAGGAAGAUGCAGCUUACAGAGCGAAGCAUAACUGCUUCUGGUGAUAUUGACUCUUCUGUGUAUACUUCUGUUUUGUUUACAUCAUAAGGUGAAUGAAGUAUUACUGUAAAAGAAUUUGUCAUUUUUGACUGAUGAACAAAAAUUGUCAUAAAAUUGUUUGGUCAUUAGAUAUUAGAGUCUCUAGCCAUGUCGCACGUUUCUCUUUCUACAAACGCUGACGAUUCGAAUAUUAAAUAACGUAUGGGAGUCGCUCAGCGGGCGAUGGAACGAUCUAUGUUAGGAGUAUCUCUGCGUGAUCGAAUCAGAAAUGAGGAGAUCCGCAGAAGAAUCAAAGUCACCGACAUAGCUCCACGAGUUGCGAAGCUGAAGUGGCAAUGGGCGGGGCACAUAGUUCGAAGAGCCGAUGGACGUUGGGGUCCCAAAGUGAAUGGCGACCCCGCACUAGAAAGCGCAGUGUCGGUCGACCCCCCACCAGGUGGACUGACGACAUCAAGCGAGUCGCAGACAUUCGCUGGAUGCAGGCGGCUCAGUAUCGUGAUGUUUGGAAGUGUCUACAAAAGGCCUAUGUCCUGCAGUGGACUCCAUCGGCUGAUAUGAUGAUGAUAGAAAUGAUAGAUCCGAUGGAUAACUUGAUCACUUAAUCUAUCGAUAACGAAUGUCAUUCCCAUAGAUUGUUUAAUUAUCGAAGCGUUUGCGAUUGUAGAAAGAGAAAUAUGUCACAUGGCUACAGACUUUGUUUAUAAUGCUUUAAAAAAUGGACUAUAAUUAUAUUUUAUUACAUAGUUAGUUUGACGACCUCCGUGGCGCAGUGGUAUGCGCGGUGGAUUUACAAGACGGAGGUCCUGGGUUCGAUCCCCGGCUGGGCCGGUUGAGGUUUUCUUAAUUGGUCCAGGUCUGGCUGGUGGGAGGCUUUGGCCGUGGCUAGUUACCGCCCUACCGACAAAGACGUACCGCCAAGCGAUUUAGCGUUCCGGUACGAUGUCGUGUAGAAACCGAAAGGGGUGUGGAUUUUCAUCCUCCUCCUAACAAGUUAGCCCGUUUCUCUCUUAGAUUGCUUCAUCACUUACCAUCAGGAGAGAUUGUAGUCAAGGGCUAACUUGUAAAGAAUAAAAAAAAAAAGUGUGUCAGCUCCGACGCACGGAUGGAGUUUACUCUUUUCAAUAGCAACGCCUGAAAAGUGAAAGGUGCGCAAGCGAGGUGCAGCGCUGCGUGCGCGCCCGCCAACAGCGUGCACGUGCGUGCGGACGCGCUAGGCAUGUGCACGCUAUGGCGGCUACGUACGGUGAAAGGUGCGCAGAAUAGGUUGCGCACAAAAAACGUACCGAGGGGUAUAAAUGAAAAAUCGAUUGUUAAGGAGUAAACUCCAAUAAGUUAUGAAAUGACAUGCGUUACGUUUUUUGUGCGCUGUGCAUGCAUGUGCACCUUUCACCGUGCGCUGUGCCGCCAACAACUUGCACAUCGCACCCAUGUGCACGCUGUAGGCGGGUGCGCACGCCGCGGCCUGCUGCACCUCGGUUGCGCACCUUUCACUUAUAAGGCGCGAGUAUUGAGACGUGCUUCGAGCUAACUUUUUGUUUUUUUUAACAUACACACUUUUUUUUGUUGGUAAAAAGUGCACAUCGAGUAGGGCUUUAGUAAUACUUAUGUUAAAGAAGACUAAAUGUAUAGAAUUGUAAAAUAACUAAUAGACUUUAUAAUAUACUUCACAUUAUAUAUUUUACUCUUACAAUGAUAUAAUCAUUAAACAAACAAGCCCAAUAACAUAUAGUAUAUAGGUAUAGUCGCCUAUACAGCAUACCCUAUGUACGUCUCAAUACACUCACAGCUAAAUUAGAAAGUUGCGCACUAAAGGUGCGCACCAAAAACGUGACACUUUUUCGUUAGUUCAGUUGGUUUUACCCCUCGGAUUUUUCUCAUACCGGGCGCCUUAUAUAUAAAAAAUCGAUUCUUAAGGAGUAAACUCCAAUAAACUCCAAAAAGUUUGUUAUCUUUAUGUCAUAAUUUGUUAACCAUUAAUAUUAAGUUGUACAUUUGCCAUGUGAGCCAAAAAUAAAAUUGAAAAUUAAAAAAAAAUCCCGAAUGUCAUGAAAUUAUAAAUUCAUCAAGUCAUCAAUAUUCUCUUUCAGUGCGCUUUCAUUUGAGACCCCACUCGAGUAUAUUUGCAGACAUUCGGUUGUUCUUCCCCACUUUCCCCCCACAACUUUUAAACGGCUCAACCGAUUUUCAUCAAACAUGUCUAAGAACACUCGCACAUAAAUCACCUUUCAUACAAAACAAACUAAAUUGAAAUAUCUUCAUCCGUUUAGAAGAUAUGGUGCCACAGACAGACAGACACGACAAACUUAUAACACCCCUCUUUUUGUUUCGGAGGCUAAAAAAGACGUGUGUGUAUUGCUAACUGCUGUAUACGUGAGAGAAAGGGAAGCUAGACAGUAGCGCCGUAACGCGUUACGUUACGAAGCGGUUUUAACCUCCCAUAAGAAGUUAUUACUAAAAAAAUUAUCAAUACAUAAUUAAUUUGUUGCCUUAAAGCUUAAAAAUAUUUAAUCCCCAGUUUUUGAUAUUUUAAAUGAAACUUGAGCAUUGUACAAUUAUUACAGUAUAUUGUUGUUUUUUGCUUAUUAAGAAACUAGCUGAUGCCGCGCGGUUUUAGCCGCGUGGUUCCCGUUCCCGUAGUAAUACGAGGAUAAUAUAUAGCCUAUAGCCUUCCUCGAUGAAUGGGCUAUCUAACACUGAAAGAAUUUUUCAAAUCGGACCAGUAGUUCCUGAGAUUAGCGCGUACAAACAAACUCUUCAGCUUUAUAAUAUUAGUAUAGAUUUGUCGAGGUAAAAUUUUGUUAACCAAUUCUUUUACCAAAAAUCGCCAUGUCUAAAUGUUGAGGCUUGAGCACUUAUGUAUUUUAGUUAAUAAGAUACUUUUGUUAAGUUGGUAAAAAUUAUUUCCUAUAUUAUAACUUUAGGUCACAGAUUGAAGAAUAAUAGGCAGAUAGAUCGUUCGAAACACGACGGUGUCGCAGCCGCUCCAAAUACAAAAUUCAAAAACGAAUACAUUCUCGAGUCAGUACGACACGAACCGUCGCAUCAGUAACUUUCAAUAUUAUUCAAGAAAAAUGGCGUCUUAUGUUUUUAAAUAUUUUAAAAACUGUUCACAAAAACUUAAGAAAUAAAAUGGAGUAUUUUUUAUUAGUAAUUAUUGAUUAUUACAUUAAUUUAUGUAAUUGUUGUUAGUAUUAAAUUUUGAAAUACCAAUUAUGAGAAAAGUUUGUAUAUGCGGAUGUCAAGGAGACGAGUGACGUUUGUUUAUGGGUUUCAACGGCUUCACCACGCUGCUUGUAAAGCUCAUUCUGGAUAUUCUUUAUUCUGUGUUCCUACCUAAUAUAUUUAUUAUAACUAAGUUAUGAAAGUGUAGGCAAAAAGUGUAUAUUUUUUAAAAUGUAAGAAUUAUACUCGUACCUAAGCAAA